AUGUAUAUCAGUAUUAUGGAUGUUUCUUGCAGAGUCCGACUUCACAACAGGCAAGGAACCCUGGGAAUACAGCAACUGUCAAGAUCACAUGUGUCCCUCCACUCCUUGUGCAGCAGCUAUAUAAAGUUUGACCUACCUGCAUGCAGUGCCUUCACUGACCACAGACGCCGCACCAGCAUCAUGAGGCUGUUCCUUGUUCUCUGCAUCCUGGCUGUGAGUCGAGCUGACCUCCUGCAUGACAUCCUCCAGAGGGAGAAGGACGCAGCCAGCAACUCGAAUCAGAUCGAGACCAUCGCCAACUCUAUCCAGAAGAGGAGUUUCCUGGACACGCUGAAAAAUGGAUUUGAAAAGUUCGGCCAAGACAUCGCAAACCUCGCCCAAAAGGCCCUCCCAGUGGUGGAGCAGAUCGGGAAAGAUUUGCUGCCCACUUUGGAAAAGCUGGCACCGACACUCAUCAGCACGGCUCUCACGGCAGCUGUUGGAAGAAGGGAUCUGGAGAGGAGGAAUAUCUUUGAUGAUAUAAAGAAAGGUCUGGAAAAUAUCGGGAAUGCCAUCGCCACUGCCGCCAAAGCCGCUCUACCCGUUGUGGAGGAGAUUGGAAAACAGGUGCUACCAGUUGCUGAAAAGGUUGCCCCAAGCCUAAUCAGUGUAGGGCUGACUGCUCUCAUUGGAAGACGAGAUAUCGAUCGCAGAAGCUUCCUCGAUGAUCUAAAGAAAAUCGCCGAAGGUAUUCUGAAGGAGGUUGAGGUUGUAGCGCCCAAAGUGAUUGAGAGUGCUUUGCCCGCUCUUCUAUCUGGUAUUGGUAAACGUGAAAUCGAUCGCAGAAACAUCCUCGAUGAACUGAAGAAAAUCGCCGAAAGUAUUCUGCAGGAGGUUGAGGUUCUGCUGCCCAAAGUGAUUGAGAGUGCUUUGCCCGCUCUUCUAUCUGGUAUUGGUAAACGUGAAAUCGAUCGCAGAAACAUCCUCGAUGAACUGAAGAAACUCGGCGAAAGUAUUCUGAAGGAGGUUGAGGUUGUAGCGCCCAAAGUGAUUGAGAGUGCUUUGCCCGCUCUUCUAUCUGGUAUUGGUAAACGUGAAAUCGAUCGCAGAAACAUCCUCGAUGAACUGAAGAAACUCGGCGAAAGUAUUCUGCAGGAGGUUGAGGUUCUACUGCCCAAAGUGAUUGAGAGUGCUUUGCCCGCUCUUCUAUCUGGUUUUGGUAAACGUGAAAUCGAUCGCAGAAACAUCCUCGAUGAACUGAAGAAACUCGGCGAAAGUAUUCUGCAGGAGGUUGAGGUUCUGCUGCCCAAAGUGAUUGAGAGUGCUUUGCCCGCUCUUCUAUCUGGUAUUGGUAAACGUGAAAUCGAUCGCAGAAACAUCCUCGAUGAACUGAAGAAAAUCGGCGAAAGUAUUCUGCAGGAGGUUGAGGUUCUGCUGCCCAAAGUGAUUGAGAGUGCUUUGCCCGCUCUUCUAUCUGGUAUUGGUAAACGUGAAAUCGAUCGCAGAAACAUCCUCGAUGAACUGGAGAAAAUCGGCGAAAUUAUUCUGAAGCAGAUUGGGGUUCUGCUGCCCACAGUGAUUGAGAGUGCUUUGCCCGCUCUUCUAUCUGGUAUUGGUAAACGUGAAAUCGAUCGCAGAAACAUCCUCGAUGAACUGAAGAAAAUCGCCGAAAGUAUUCUGCAGGAGGUUGAGGUUCUGCUGCCCAAAGUGAUUGAGAGUGCUUUGCCCGCUCUUCUAUCUGGUAUUGGUAAACGUGAAAUCGAUCGCAGAAACAUCCUCGAUGAACUGAAGAAAAUCGGCGAAAGUAUUCUGAAGCAGGUUGGGGAUCUGCUGCCCACAGUGAUUGAGAGUGCUUUGCCCGCUCUUCUAUCUGGUAUUGGUAAACGUGAAAUCGAUCGCAGAAACAUCCUCGAUGAACUGAAGAAACUCGGCGAAAGUAUUCUGAAGCAGGUUGGGGAUCUGCUGCCCACAGUGAUUGAGAGUGCUUUGCCCGCUCUUCUAUCUGGUAUUGGUAAACGUGAAAUCGAUCGCAGAAACAUCCUCGAUGAACUGAAGAAACUCGGCGAAAGUAUUCUGAAGCAGAUUGGGGAUCUGCUGCCCACAGUGAUUGAGAGUGCUUUGCCCGCUCUUCUAUCUGGUAUUGGUAAACGUGAAAUCGAUCGCAGAAACAUCCUCGAUGAACUGAAGAAACUCGGCGAAAGUAUUCUGAAGCAGGUUGGGGAUCUGCUGCCCACAGUGAUUGAGAGUGCUUUGCCCGCUCUUCUAUCUGGUAUUGGUAAACGUGAAAUCGAUCGCAGAAACAUCCUCGAUGAACUGAAGAAACUCGGCGAAAGUAUUCUGAAGCAGAUUGGGGAUCUGCUGCCCACAGUGAUUGAGAGUGCUUUGCCCGCUCUUCUAUCUGGUAUUGGUAAACGUGAAAUCGAUCGCAGAAACAUCCUCGAUGAACUGAAGAAACUCGGCGAAAGUAUUCUGAAGCAGGUUGGGGAUCUGCUGCCUACAGUGAUUGAGAGUGCUUUGCCCGCUCUUCUAUCUGGUAUUGGUAAACGUGAAAUCGAUCGCAGAAACAUCCUCGAUGAACUGAAGAAACUCGGCGAAAGUAUUCUGCAGGAGGUUGAGGAUCUGCUGCCCAAAGUGAUUGAGAGUGCUUUGCCCGCUCUUCUAUCUGGUAUUGGUAAACGUGAAAUCGAUCGCAGAAACAUCCUCGAUGAACUGAAGAAACUCGGCGAAAGUAUUCUGCAGGAGGUUGAGGUUCUGCUGCCCAAAGUGAUUGAGAGUGCUUUGCCCGCUCUUCUAUCUGGUAUUGGUAAACGUGAAAUGGAGAGGAGGAAUAUCUUUGAUGAUAUAAAGAAAGGUCUGGAAAAUAUCGGGAAUGCCAUCGCAACUGCCGCCAAAGCCGCUCUACCCGUUGUCGAAGAGAUUGGAAAACAGAUUCUCCCGGUUGCUGAAAAGGUUGCCCCAAGUCUAAUCAGUGCUGGGCUGACAGCUCUCGUUGGAAGGCGAGAUUCAGUGCGGCGAAGUUUCCUGGAUGAUCUGAAGAACGCCCUGAAGACUCUUGGCCAACAGGCUCUUCAAGCAGUUGAGACCCUUGCACCAACACUCCUCGAAAGUGCACUUCCUGCUCUCCUCUCUAGUGUUGGAAAGCGUGGAGUUGUGGAGGCGGGACUUCUGGGACAUGUCAAGGAUGAGAUGCUGAGUGUGGUGGACAAGCUGAAGGAGUCUGUGGAGGGGGCAGAGAAGAUCGCCACGAACCUUGAGAGCAAUCUGAAGACGGCUGCCCAGGGUCUGACCAGUGGCCAGGAUGUCAAAGCCGUCGCCCAGAUGGUGCUGUCUACCCUGGAGGCCGAUGUCAAGUCAAUGAUGGACAAAGGCACAUUUGACGUUGAUAUUGAUUCGCUGAUCAAGAAUAUCGUCCCAAACGCUGUUGCAAAGCUCUUCUCCAAGCACAGCCGUCGUUUUCUUAUCGGCGAUAUUAUCAACGGAUUGAAAGACACUCUGGGUGACGUCCUUGGUCUCGUGUCUGGCACCGUGUUUGGGGAUCUUACAACAUUCCUGGGAAACAUUGAGUCAACUGCUGUGCAAUCUCUCAGCCCUGCAUUGGAUAACCUGAAGGGCCUUGCCCAGACAUUCCUGACCCACGCUGGACAAGCCACUGCACAGGUCGCUGCUGAGGCCGUCAAGUUCUUCCAGCCAUUCCAGGCUGAACUCGGAUCUGUCUUCACCCAGAUCAAAAAAUGUAGCUGCAAAACUGACGGGUGCCUGAAUGUCAAGGGAUGUCGAAUAAAAUAACAUAUGAAA